AUGGCCUAUCGAGGCCUCAUCUCUUUUUGGUGGCUUCCGUGCCUCGCCGCUGUUGUGUGGCUGAGCAUGCUACUUGGAAUGCUUUUAAGCUGGGCCGUGUCUGACCACGGCGAAGUUUACGAUUAUCUCGAUCCAGACAUAAAAAUCGUCUACAUUUCUCACGUCGGGGCUGGGAGAAUGAAGCCCCUGUUCAUCGCCGGCUCUCUGUUGUCUUGCCUCCUGUUGGAUCUCGCCAUGCUCACGGAGAGAUACCUUCGCCACAAGAGGCGGCUCCUUCCCGAUGCUACAGUUUACGAGAAGCUACUGGCUACGCUGUCCAUUUUCUUCGCGAUCGUCGGCUCGAUCGGCCUCGUCGGCCUCGCCAUAUUCGACACGAAGAACUACCAUAUACUCCACAAUCUUCUCCUCGCCCACUUCCUCGGUGGCUACAUGCUCGCUGCCGUCUGCGCCUGCUGGGAAUGCCACCUUCUCAUCAAGAGAAACUCGGAGAGCUGGCACCGGUAG